AUGGAUUGUAUUAAGAAUCCCCAGUAUCUGCUGUAUCAAGAGAGCGUACACUCCGCAUUUAAGGAUAUCUACAGAUGUCUUCAAAUCGAUAAUGCCGAUUCUGAUAUGUUGGCGGAAGAGCUUGAAAUGUUUGUAAGAAUGGUACACUCGCACCGAAAGCAAAGAGGUUACACCGACGAUUUCUCUAACUGUCCAUUGAUUCUCAAUGACCAGUUCGACACCGAACCAAACGAAGGUGCUCAGACUCCGUCAUCAAGGUCCUAUCCAUUCACAUCUCUUACCGUUCAUCCUUCAUCAUCAUUUCCACUGUGUCCUAAAACUUUCACUUCAUUCCCAAAACUGUCGCCCGAGUUGCGGCAAAAGAUUUGGCGUCUAUGUGCUCCUGAACAUGGGCGUGUCAUAGAGCUGAAUAUGUCUGAAGAUUCAAUCUUUCCCACGAAGCACCCUGCGCAUGCUGUCUUUCAUGUGAAUCGAGAAAGUAGAAAGGAACUCCUAUCUGUCAUGGGAUACGAAACUCUGAUGUUGGAAAAUAAUCGUAGCUUGAGGAUUGAAGCAUGGAGUAGGGAUGCUGUUAUCAAUUUUACACAUGAAGUUCUUUUUCUCAACACGCCAAGAACAGAAAGUAGUAUUGAGCGUUACUUAUCCGGCCGUGAAGCUGAGAUACCAAACAUGAUAUUGGCGCUUAAACAAGCAAUGAAGCAAGACCAAUUAGAAAGAAUCAAAACACUGGCUAUAUCCAUCCAGUGGGGGUGGGAAUUAAUGACAGAGUUGUCUUGUCAUCUACCUGCAUUUCAAGGGUUACCUGCAUUUCGAGGGUUGGAAACGCUCAUCUUGGUUUUAGAGAAGGAAAGUGACGUUAGAAAGAAGGAAAUAGUUCUCUCGAGAAUAAACGGACGUACAAGUUUGUAUGAUCAAGAUUUGUGGAUAGCGUCAUGUACUCUACAAGGAAACGCCAAAAACACUAUUCGUCGUAUUCAAAGAGGGAGCUACACAAGUUGGAACGCGCCAGAGCUGGUCAUGUGUCUGAAACACACUCGUGAUUGGAAUCAAGACAGAUUCAUUCCGGAAUUCACUUGGAAGAAGGUUCCGUUGAAAGAAGAUCCGUGGAAACAUCGUCACUAA